CCCCACGAUUUUCAUUUCCAAUCACAGCGUUUCUUCUCUCAAACCCUAACAAUGGCGGCACCAGCAGCAGUAGCGGCAGCAGCAACAACUGAGUCCGUCCAAUGUUUCGGCCGCAAGAAAACCGCCGUCGCCGUAACCCACUGCAAGCGCGGUAGAGGCCUGAUCAAGAUUAAUGGUUGCCCAAUCGAGCUAGUGGAGCCAGAGAUCCUCCGAUUCAAGGCGUACGAGCCAAUCCUUCUGCUGGGACGACACCGUUUUGCAGCAGUGGAUAUGAGGAUUCGUGUGAAAGGAGGAGGACACACGUCGCAGAUCUAUGCAAUUCGUCAAAGCAUCGCUAAAGCUCUCGUCGCGUAUUAUCAGAAGUUCGUAGAUGAGCAGAGUAAGAAGGAGAUUAAGGACAUUUUGGUAAGGUAUGAUAGGACUUUGCUUGUGGCUGAUCCUAGGCGUUGCGAGCCUAAAAAGUUUGGUGGUCGUGGUGCACGUGCCAGGUUCCAGAAGAGUUAUCGUUGAAUAUUGCUAUGUGGUUUUUAUUCCAUAAAUGUUUUUGCGAGGGUUAUGUUGGGUAAUUUUUGAUAAAUUCUUAAGGGGUUUAUGUUUCUCUUUGUUUUAAUAGACUUCAUAGUAGUUAAAUUUGUUCUCAGGAUAAUAUAAUCUUUUUCUUUUCUCCUA